AUGGCUCAUGGUGACGCCCUGUCUCUAGAAGGAACGCUCUGCCCCAAGGGGAGUAUGUUGCUUCCAGUAAUUACGUCGGUGGCUUCGUUGAUCGGCUGCUUCUACGUCGUGGGGACUUACUGGCGCGUACUGGCACUGCGACAGCAUCCAGCAGGAAUCAUGUUCGGGAUGAGUUUGUACGGCGCCAUCUACCAGUUCCUCUACUUGCUGGACCAGGCUUCCGACUCGGUGAGAUGCACAGACAUUGGCAUCAUAGUGGACUUCUUCCUCACAGGCCAAGAGACGUACAUGUUGAUCUUCGCUAUCGAUCUCCUUUUAGCGUUAAAGAACCCGUUCUCUGCUUCUAAAGGGCAGAUGACCAAGUACCACAUCUUUGGAGGCCUUUGGAGCUUGAUCUGUGCUGUGAUAUCGCACUUUGACACUCAGUACGCUCUAUUCAGCUUCUGUUGGCUCAGUUCCAGCGGCGAGAUCCUCAGUCACGCACACGACGACACUGACGGGCACAAGGCUUCCAAUGGUACACUCACUGCUGGGGUGUUCUUCGCGCUGUACAUCGUCGUGGUGUACUGCACGUCACUGAUCGCCAUUGUACGGACGUGGAACACAUUCGUCAGGGGUCUUCCGGACACGUUCCGGACUCGGAAACGGAUCCAGAGACAUCUCAAGUACUACGUGGGCUGCUACUUUGGCUAUUGGACGUUGGUGCUAUCGACGUAUGCGGUGUUCAGUCUGCUGCCACACUCGAGUUCGGACAGUAAAGGCGGCAUGAAGUGUCGUGUGUGGCAUCUCUUGUCGUGUCUUCUACUCGCGAAGGGAAUGGUGCAUGCUCUUAUCUGGACACGGACGUCAAAUAUCCUCCGCAUCAUCGAGCAGCUUCGUAGGAACGGGACAGUCAACCUCCCUCCACAAGACGGCAACUGGGACGACAACAUCAAUUGGGCACUGCGCCUUGAAAUCCUCACGAACACCACGAAAGGAAUCUGCCAGAGUGUCGAUCGGGCCGAACACCAAGCACGCGCAUCGGCCGAGUCGUCGCUACGAUCCAUCUCGGUGUCGGAUUCCUCGCUCGAAGAGGGAAUUGUGGGCAGUUCUUCGGGUCAGGGCGACUACUGCGAUCGAAAAGAGAGCUACACGCAGAUUGAAGAGCUGAUUCUGGAGAAUCGCAACGACAGCCGCUCGAAUGGCCCACGCACUGAAGGUGUGGUGUUCAAGGACUUCGCUCCUCAUGUUUUCCGUCGUCUUCGAGAGGAGGCUAAAGUCUCGAGCGCUAGUUACCGUAACUCAUUACAGCAAACGACCAAGGAACGAGUGAGUGAAGGCAAAAGCGGCGCCUUCUUCUACUUCACUGAAGACCGCAAGUACGUGGUCAAGACGCUGACGAAUGAAGAACUCAACUUUUUCUUAAGUAUUUUACCAAACUAUUACACCUUCAUGAAGAGGAACUCGGACACGUUCAUGACGCGCUUUUUCGGCUGCCACGGACUCACCAUGUACGGCAAGACGGUCUUCUUCGUCGUCAUGCAGAGCGUGUUCGCCACGUCGCUGCAGAUCCACGAACGCUUCGACUUGAAAGGCUCGUGGGUGGGUCGACUGGAGGGUCGAAAGCCCACGGGUACAGUCGCCACGUGCAAGUUCUGCAACGCCGAGUACACAGUCGGAGGGAGUCACGACCAGCGUUGCAACGUCCGAGGAGAGGGGAACAUGAACCACCAGUACGACCAAGUGGGCAAAGAUCUCAACUGGAAUCGACACAUGGCCUUGCCGUACUCCACCGCGCGUGCAGUUGCCGUGCAACUGACAGCCGACUCGGAGUUUCUCUGUAGUAUCAACUGUAUCGACUACAGUCUGCUCGUAGGCAUUCACCACCGCAGCUUCAACGUCUCGCAUUAUUCCUCCGCCGACAGCUUCGACUCGCCCAAACUGGCUCGUCACGAUUCUAGUUGCAGUAUAAGCAGCCAGUUUCGCGUCUCCACGCGCAGUGGCCGAAGCAACAGCAGCGAGUCGUCGUACAGCACCAACUCCAGCUUCAUCCGCAAUCGAAGUAGCAGCGGUGGCAAUCAAUACGGGACAGGUCGGGGUUGUUAUUGCUCGUCCACUAGCAAGAAAUCGGUCCACCCUUUUGCACACGGAGGAAUGAGCGUGGACGAGGUGCACGGACCGGGACUGUACUACCUCGGUCUCAUCGAUAUCCUCCAGCAAUGGAACUUUCGCAAACGUGUCGAACACUUUGUGCGUGUUUACUUGUUGAUGCAAGAUCGACACGGCAUCUCGGUGGUGAAUCCGCGACAGUACGCGGAUCGAUUCCAGCAGCGCGUGAUCAAAGAGCUCAUCUACGACGCUGCAGCCAGACCCACACGCGACCACCACGACAGCGUAUCCUUCACCCAACUACAGAUACAGAACCAUCGCAACGCUCAAUUGGUCGAGUCCAACCGGACGUUGAGUACUAUGCUCGCUUCUCUGGAUGGGAGCGGAGCCACGUUCACCAGCCAGCCGUCAACACGGCUAGAAUCCUUCGCCAACCUCAUCAUGUCGCCGGACGUAGGUGGCAACUGGAUGGCAAACUCCCCGUGCACACCGCCUCUAGAUGCCACAGCGAAAAACGCCGUAGCCGUUCGUGCCGUCUCUGCUCGCUCGUGGGAUAGCGCUAGUUGCUGUAGUUCAAGACUGUCAGGGGGCUUGGUGAUGGAGAUCCCGGGCACAAUACCCAUGGUGCACCCAACAGCAUUAGAGACUCUACCGCCUCAUCUUCGUCGAUCCCUCGCUCCACUGACUCCGUCUCCGCGAACGUCGUCGGAGUACUCGAAAUCGAGCAACCAGCGGUCAGUGGCAGCUGUGUACACUAACGGUUCUGAUGCAAUGUCCAGCAAUGGAGGCCGACUAGGCAGUGACAAAAGCAGUAAUAGCAGUAGCAACAGUGGCUCCGUGGUGCAUCUGGAAGAAGGUGCGCUACGAGGUCCGUCUAGCCCAGUCGACUAUCGUAUCGUAUGUACACCAACGUUUCCUGACAAGGGAGGGGCAAACGCAGCCACUCUCUCAGCCUAG